AUGCCGGUCAAGAGCGGCGCCAGCUUCCGGCUCACGGCGCUGCCGAUGAUUGUCAUGGCGCAGCUGCUCGCCGCUGCCGUGUUCACGCUCACCCUCGUAUGGGUGCUGCACUUCAGGGAGGGCGUCACCUGGGAGAUGGGCUCUAUCCCGCAGCUGGUUUACACGGCACACCCCCUCUUCAUGGUCAUCGGCCUUGUCAUUUGCACCGGAGAAGCGGUGAUGGCGUACAGGAUCGUGCUGGGCCCGCGUGCGGCAAGGAAGGCAGUGCACCUUUUGCUGCAUCUGCUUUCCCUGGGCUUCGCAGCCGUCGGGUUGUACGCCGCCGUCAAGUUCCACCGCGACGCCGGCCUCCCUGACAUCCACUCCUUGCAUUCCUGGCUGGGAAUAGCCACCAUCGGCCUCUAUGCCCUCCAGUGGCUGGUGGCUUUCGUGUACUUUGUGUUCCCUGGGGCUAUGAUGACCAUGAGGGCAGACUACGCGCCGUGGCACAUUUUCUUCGGCAUCGUCAUCUUCCUCAUGGCCGUCUGCACUGCUGAGACCGGCCUCGCCAAGUACAUCUUCCCCGGCAACGACUACCCAAGCGAGGCGUUCAUCAUCAACUUCCUUGGGAUCUCCAUCUUCGUGUUUGGUGUUACCGUUGUCCUAGCCGUCAUCCUUCCGUCAAGAUACUAG